AUGGAGCUGGGAGGGGCCUUCACCAUCUUUCUGGCACUCUCCUUGUCUUGCCUACUUAUCCUCAUUGCCUGGAAAAGGAGACACAAGGGGGGGAAGCUGCCCCCUGGUCCCACACCAAUACCUUUCCUGGGGAACCUGUUGCAAGUCCGUACUGAUGCCACUUUUCAGUCUUUCAUGAAGCUCAGGGAGAAGUAUGGCCCAGUCUUCACUGUGUACAUGGGUCCACGGCCUGUAGUUGUUUUGUGUGGACAUGAGGCAGUGAAGGAGGCCCUGGUAGACCGAGCUGAUGAGUUCAGUGGCCGUGGAGAACUGGCUUCAAUAGAGCGAAACUUCCAAGGUUAUGGUGUAGCUCUGGCUAAUGGAGAACGAUGGAGGAUUCUCCGACGCUUCUCCCUGACCAUUCUUCGGGACUUCGGGAUGGGAAAACGGAGCAUUGAGGAGCGGAUCCAGGAGGAGGCUGGCUUCUUACUAGAAGAAUUACGGAAGACCAAGGGUUCCCCCAUCGAACCCACCUUCUUCCUGAGCCGCACUGUCUCAAAUGUCAUCAGUUCUGUCGUCUUUGGAAGCCGCUUUGACUAUGAAGACAAGCAGUUCCUGAAGCUGCUGCAGAUGAUCAAUGAGAGUUUCAUUGAGAUGAGCACACCCUGGGCCCAGCUAUAUGACAUGUAUUCUGGAGUCAUGCAAUAUUUGCCAGGAAGACACAAUCGCAUCUACUACUUGAUAGAGGAGCUCAAGGACUUCAUUGCCUCGAGGGUCAAGAUCAACGAAGUAUCUCUUGACCCACAAAACCCUCGGGACUUCAUUGACUGCUUCCUCAUCAAGAUGCACCAGGAUAAAAAUAAUCCCCACACGGAGUUCAAUCUCAAGAACUUGGUCCUCACCACUCUCAACCUCUUCUUUGCGGGCACAGAGACUGUGAGCUCUACACUACGUUAUGGAUUGCUGCUAAUGAUGAAGCAUCCUGAGGUGGAAGCCAAGAUCCAUGAAGAGAUUGACCAGGUGAUUGGACCACACCGAAUCCCAAGUGUGGAUGACCGAGCCAAGAUGCCCUACACAGACGCUGUGAUCCAUGAGAUACAGAGACUGACAGAUAUCGUACCCAUGGGUGUCCCCCAUAAUGUCAUCCGGGACACUCAUUUCCGAGGCUACCUUCUGCCCAAGGGCACCGAUGUGUUCCCUCUACUUGGCUCUGUCCUCAAAGAUCCCAAAUACUUCCGCAACCCAGAUGCCUUCUAUCCCCAACACUUCCUGGAUGAGCAGGGCCGCUUCAAGAAGAAUGAAGCCUUUGUACCUUUUUCCUCUGGAAAGCGCAUCUGCCUGGGCGAGGCCAUGGCCCGCAUGGAACUCUUUCUGUACUUCACCUCCAUCCUUCAGAACUUCUCUUUACACCCGCUGGUGCCGCCGGAUGACAUAGAUAUCACACCCAGGGUCUCAGGCUUUGGCAACAUCCCUCCGACCUAUGAGCUCUGCCUCAAAGCCCACUGA